AUGGUCUCCCCCAGGAUCCAGCGAUCACGACGUCCUGCCGAUCACCUUGAAGAGUCUAACUCCACCGCGAGCUUGUUCCUGGGUGGAGUGCGGAGGGAUUGGAUGGCUUCGGCGGGGGCCUCCCACCCACGCGAGGCGAGACUGGCCGCUAUGUCUCAUCCGAAAUCUCCAAAUUCCCCUCCGGUAGCUGCUCCGUCCAAGGUAUCCCGAGGGAUCCAUCACCCUGGACCUGCAGAGCUAGCCUUGAUGUCACCCGUGACACCAGGUGCAAAUCUACAACAGUCCGAGUCCGCCUCGUCGUUACAGGCCCAUCCCCCGACUACCAGCAAACCCGACCCGCCGAAGAACCCUCUUCCCUCGCCCGUCCCAAGCCCUGGCUCUCAUCCGAGCCCGAUUCUCUCUCCACCUCCCACGAUCCCUUCGAAUGAUCCUUCCGUCGCUGCCCUGGCGGUUCCACCAGCGUCUGACAAGCCGCCGGCGGUGGCAACGGUGAACCCUCAGCCGCGACGCGACGAAAGCGCGAGUCCCCGCCAACCGGCCUCGAAUCAACCAUCCCCUCCUUCAGUACAGAAUCCAACUCCGAGACCGAGCGUGUCGGCAGCAUCAGAGCCAUCUGAGAUUGUACCGUCGAGUGCUACUGUGCCGCACCCCGCCGAUCCUGGCUCACGUCCGCUACAUGGGAUCACCAAUGGCAUUCAAGCCCAGUCCGUACAGAAUCCAAUGGGCCCGAACCAGAGCCCGUCGAUGGGAGUCAAUGCUCGUGUAGAUACGCCGGGUAGUCAUGCAAUAGGAUCACCAUUACAGAAAGCGUUGAACCAGCCGUCCUCAUACGAGUGGAUCCUCUGGAGAGAAUGUGCGAACUCCCUGCUGACCGAGGCGAGAGAAUCCUCGCUGGACGUUGGUGGGCCCAGAGCUCUGCUCUUGCUGAACGCCUGCAGUGACUAUGAUAAAGAUCUCUUCUACUUGGUGCUGCAUCAGAUCUUUUGCGAGAUGUCCAGGGAUGCUAAUGUGCUCCUCGCAAGACUUCCGGUCCUUCGCGAUGAACGUUGUCAAAUUGGUAUAACCAAACUUGCAGAACUACUGGAGGACAAUUCGAAGCUGCCCCCAUCCUUGCUGGAAGCAUUCUGCGUAUUUCCGCUGCCCCUGGAGCAAUUCAUCAACGCUCCAUGGUACCAAGGGAUUCUCGAUCAGGUAGUAGGCUGUCUCUCGUGCCUUGUGACUCAGUUUUCAUUCUUAAAAACCGAGACCCAUCGCAGAAUAUAUGAACGCUGCUAUCCACCACUGGUAAAAGAGCUGAGACAGGAGUAUGGCGUGACGUCACCGGUUCUAUUGGGUGUGAUCUUUAUGUCGAUAUGUCGGCAUGUCUACGAUACGAAAAGAAUCGAUCUUUUACAGCGCCACUUCAAAAAGGACUUGUUCCUUGUUUCGAAGAACGCGGGUCCAGAUGCCCAUUUGGCCCUGAUUGAAGACUAUCGAAGGAUCCCGAUGAGAGGGAGGCCCUCUGCAGCUCCUCCCAGACCCCCGAUGCCAGUUCAUCAGAGUCAGCACCCACCCCAGCCUCGACCCGCAGCGCCUGCUGGUUAUUCUGCUCCGUCCCCCGUGAUCGACUCACCCGCCAUCGUGAGUCCCGCAUUACAAGCGAAUGGACAGAAUCAUCCCGCUUAUCCUUCGCUGCAUAUCCAAUCCCCAAUUUCGUCAAUAAUCCCCCAGAAUCUCCAGCAUGCGCAGUAUAUUGACCAGCACGGUCAUCCUAUUUCGGCCCAGCAAGUGUGGCAAAUGUCUCGAAUGGCACAUUUGGCGCAGGGACAGGCUCAGGACCAUCAGGCACAGCCAGUACUACUACAGCCAGUUAACCCAGCCCAAGGGCAGGGACAAAAUGCUCAGAGGGGACCGGUUUACAUGGUCGUUGCGAAUCAGGCACCUCAAGUCCUCAUACCGGUGUCUACUGUUCCCUCUCAGGCCGACCCGUCGCCCUCGCCGUCUCAGCCCUCUGUACUUGGCUGGCCUAGUCAGGUGGUUCAGCAACAACAACAACAACAACCUCAGCAGCCGCCGACACGGCACAUGUCUACUGGCGACACGACCACUCAAUUCUCUGCUGCAUCCCAUGCUAUUGAGACGACGGUUACAAGCCGGACUAGUCACUCAAGAGCGCGGCAGCCUCCGUCAAUAAGGCCCGUCCCCGCUUCGUCACCAACGGUGCAGGUUCCUCAAACCCAGGCUAGCCGACCUCGUGUGCCUGCUAUGUCGCCACUGCUCCCGCCUGAAGGCUACAGGGCGCCCCAAACAGUGCAACCGAACCCAAUGCGACUGGGUCUGCACCAGGCUGACCUUCGCGACCCGGUCAAGCAAUUAGUACGGCGGACGCCGAAUGGUCUGGAAGAAACUGCCCUGUACCAAUACCUCAAUGGCUUCAUGCUGGACCCAACACAGAUUGAUCCGGACGUCUUCGGUUAUCGCUGGAAAUUCUCGAUAUCGCCUGAUGACUACCAGCGCUUCCCCCGCUACGCUGACAGAGGACAAGGUCAACGAUUGGUUCGGACAUACCAACCAGGUUGUCGGACGUACCGUCUGCGCAUUACUGCCCUGCCUGACUCAAAAAAGGAAGAGGUGCAAACAUUCUGGCCAACUGCAAACACUACCUGGCCUAGUGUACUCUACAUCUUUGUUAAUAACAAUGAAAUGUACGUACGGCGGAAAGUACACAACGGAAAGGACCUACCUUUGGAUAUAACCAGACACCUCCACGAAGGCGAAAACGAGGUCAACGUUCAUUUCCUUCUAGCCACUAACGAGUGUAAGAAUUUCCACUACGUGGCGGGUGUCGAAACUAUGGAUAUCUCUGAGUACAACGAAGUUCUCGCCUUGACGCAUCAUGUCCCGGCGAGCGAGACCCGUGCCAACAUCAAGAAACGACUGAAACCCAACACCGAUGACGACGAGCUGGCCGUCGUCACUGACAGCCUAACCGUCCCACUCAUCGACCCCUUCAUGGCACAGAUCUUCAACACUCCCGCUCGUUCCUCCAAAUGCAACCAUAUCGAAUGUUUCGACCUGGACACCUUCAUAACGACCCGGAAGUCCCAGUCAGGCACCUCCCCAAUGAUCGACAACUGGUUUUGCCCCAUCUGCAAGGCAGAUGCUCGGCCGCAGUUCCUGGUCGUGGAUCAUUUCUUCGUUGAAGUCCGCGACGCGAUCGUCAAGCGGGGCGUUCUAGAUACCGCCCAGUCGAUUCAAAUCCGAGCCGACGGGUCGUGGACAGUGAAAGCCGUCAGCGACGAUGCUUCUCCCUCCAGCCCAACUAGAAGUCGACUCUCUCAACCUCCUUCCUCUGGCAAGCGCAAGGCGGAUAGUAUGACUGGUGCAGUGGAGCAGAAUGCUCGCACUAAACAUGAGAGCACCCCCACUGCCCCAGCCCAGGAUCCCGUGGUCAUCGAAAUCGAUUAG